AUGGGAACAACAGAUUUGCUUUGUCAAUCCUUGCAAAAACAAUCUCAGGAUGUUGUUAAUGCUAUGCUUUUGGUUCGUUCAACAAAAGCUCUUAUUCAAGAUUUGAGAGAAAAUGGUUGGGAUAAAUUGUUUGCUAAUGUGGUGCCUUUUUGUGAAAAACAUGGUAUUGAAAUUCCUGACCUCAAUGAUUGUCAUUCAACAACAAGAUUUGGGCGUUCUCGUCUUGAAGAGAAUCAGGAUGGAUAUAAAGCUUUUGAUGUUGACACUAUAUGUACUCUUGUUCAAAAAUAUUAUCCCAUGGAUUUUAGUGAUCAUGAGAAGAUGAAAUUGCCAUUUGAUCUUCGACAUUUCCUUUUUGAUGUUCGCCAAUCAUCAACUUUCAAGAAUUUAUCAACUAUUCAAGAAUUGUGCUCAUGUUUGGCUGCCACUGGACAAAACAAAGAAUACUUCUUGAUUGAUAAGUUGUUGCGCCUUAUUAUGACUCUUCCAGUUUCUACAGCCACAACAGAAAGAUAUUUUUCAGCAAUGAAAAUUAUCAAGUCCAAGUUGAGAAACAAGAUGGGCCCUGGGUAUCUAGCAGAUAGCAUGUCAGUUUAUAUUGAAAGGGAAAUUAGUGCAUCUAUUAGUUCCGAGUCAAUUAUUGAUGAUUUCAAGUCACUCGGAAAGCGUAAAAUGUCACUUUAA